GAACUGCCAGCUGGGGAGGAGGUGGGGACUGUCGUGAACAGUCGCAGCGUUGGCUCCAGCCUCCUGCGCUCAGUCUCUAGCUGGUUCGGAAGAAGAAGUCAGGCUGAGUGAACAGGGAGCGAUGUUCUGCGAUGGAAUAAGUCCGGAAAAGAUCCAACAGCCAACCAAAUCUGGAUGAAAAUAAUCGCUGACCACAAUGCCCAGUGGAACAAAAGAGACUUCUUCUUCUUCUUCUCCGUCUGUCGGUGAACAGAACUAACUAGCAGCUAAAAGCUAGCUAACCAGCAUUGCUGUUUUAACAAGCUCUGACGAGGCGGCUGCUUUUGUUUUAUUUUUAUUCUUUUUUUUAAGCACAUUUUAAACGAACUUCAGCUGGUUAGAGUUUACUGCUGUGUUACGACAAGGGUGCGCGUCCACAGCUCAAUGCUAGCAAAAGUUAAAUGGGUAGAGGAGCUUACUAGUUGGCCACUUACUAGUUCAACUUAGCUCUCCGUGCUCGCUCAGCUGUUUAUGUCUUCUCUAAUGAAGUGAUUUGUUUUGGUGCUUUACAGCAACUGUAGUUGGUUUCCGCCUUUUUAUUGGACUCAAACUUGAUGAAGAGGUUUAUUGAUCUUGUUUACAGCUGAAAGCAUCUUUUUUUUUUUUUUUUUUUUUGACUGGAUCCUUUUGACUUUUCCUCGCCAUGGCAGCGGUAGUCAGCUACUCGCCACCUUGGUGGGUGAACCUGCUGCACAGACUCCCCCACUUCAACCUAAAGUUUCAGCAGACGAGCAGUGACUUCCAACCAGAAGACUGGACCUAUCAGCAGUCCAUCUUGCUGCUGGGGGGCGUGGCGCUGGCCUGCCUGGCUCUGGACCUCCUGUUCCUGCUCUUCUACUCCGUUUGGCUCUGCUGCCGGCGGAGCAAAAGCGCCGAGCAGCCCAACGCCGACUGCUGCUGCACGGCCUGGUGCGUCAUCAUCGCAACGCUCGUGUGCAGUGCUGGCAUAGCUGUCGGUUUCUAUGGGAAUGGUGAGACUUGUGAUGGAGUGAAUCGACUGACGUAUUCCCUCCGCCACGCUAACCGCACCAUCACCGGAGUUCAAAACCUGGUUUACGAUAGUACGUCUUCGUUGAACCAGACAGUGGACAACAAUCUGCAACAGCUUGAGGGCCAGUAUGCUCAGCAUGCAGACUACCUCUCCAUCAUCCAAAAGCUGCAGGGCCAACUGGAUGAGCUGGUCAGACAGAUGGUGGAGAUUCCUUUCUGGGACAACAGCCUCAUUUCCCUGGAAGAUUUGUCCACCAGCAUCGAGCUAUAUGACUGGUAUAGGUGGCUGGGCUACAUCACGCUGCUGCUCUUUGACGUUCUUAUCUGCCUCCUCGUUCUGUUUGGCCUCAUCCGCAACUCAAAGGGAAUACUUAUAGCGGUGUGCUUGUUCGGCGUGGUGGCUCUUAUAAUCAGCUGGGUCUCCCUGGGGCUGGAGCUGGCUGUCUCUGCGAGCUCAAGCGACUUUUGCUUUGCUCCGGAUAUGUACGUGACGGCCGUGGUGGAUCAAUAUGGGGUCAUCAAUAAAGAGAUCCUGCAGUACUACCUGAGUUGCAGUCCGGAGCAAACCAACCCUUUCCAGCAGAAGCUGUCUGGGAGCCAUAAAGCAUUAGUAGAGAUGCAGGACGACGUGUCUGAGCUGCUGCGUUCCGCCGCUAGAGAAUAUAAACAGACAAAGGGAAGCUUGGAGGAGAUUCAGGGGAUCCUGAACACCACAGAGAUCAGCCUUCAUCAGCUCACAGCGCUGGUGGACUGCCGCAGCCUGCACAUGGACUACGUUCAGGGCAUGACGGGUAUGUGCUAUGAUGGACUCGAAGGCCUCAUCUACCUCUUGCUUUUCUCCUUCGUGACCGCUCUCAUGUUCAGCUCGAUCGUCUGCAGCGUGCCUCACACCUGGCGCGGCAAGCGGAGCGACGAAGACAGUGAAGAUGAGUCUCUGAGCCCCGGCGAAAGGCAGAACCCUGACAGCUUGUACCGGGUCCAUAUGCCCAGCCUGUACAGCUGUGGCAGCAGCUAUGGGAGCGAGACCUCCAUUCCCGCCACAGCCCACACUGUCAGCAACGCACCUGUCACAGAGUACAUGGCUCAGAACGCCAACUUCCAGAACUCUCGCUGUGAAAACACGCCACUGAUCGGACGCGAGUCUCCUCCUCCCUCUUACACCUCCAGCAUGCGAGCAAAGUACCUGGCUAACAGUCGACCCGAUCCCAGCAACCCUCCAGCACGUUAAACGUCUCCGAUCUCCACCAUUCUGCAGCGCUGCACAUCUCAGAAGCUUCUCCUCUGUCCAGGCCCUCCUCAAGCAAUGGGUCCCGUUUCUUCUGCUUCUCGCUUCUUCUCCCUGUGUCACUUUAUUUCAACCAAAUGUGCUUCUUUACCUGCUUGGCUGAAGCAGAACCAGAGGACAUGCAUUAGAUGGCAAACUGUGGGUCAGAAAUGCAGAU